AUGGUUUCUACCAUCAUUUUCAUUCUCUAUGUCACUGGGACAUCUCCUGUGGAGUACUUUUCCCCCCCAAGGCCGGAGCCUCCGAAAAUAUGCCCUGUGGGGACUGCUGAGCACACCAUCACCCCCCUGAACAACACUGACCACUUCCUGGUGUCAGCCUUCAUGGACCAGAGAGUGAAAGGAUUUGAUUUACGCAUUAUUAGUAUAUUCAAAACAAACUCCGCCAAACCUCUUUACUGUCUUUUCUGCUGUGCAGGCCAGUUAUCAAAUACAACUCCAACAAACAUUUUACAACAUACAGAAAAAUUUGGUUUUCUCUUUGUCACUGCGGAUAUCAUGUGUCAGAUUCCUCAAAACUGCAACGCUACACAUGUUACUCUUCAGACUAAGCCAGAAAGAGUGAAGGCAUUGGACCAGCUUUGGCUUCCUAUAAGAAACCAGAAGACCAAAGGGAAUGAGGAGAAAAAGUUGCAGUUUAACUUCACAGUCUGUAUCUCUAAUUUGUUUGGAGGAAUCAACAACGUGCUUCAGUUUGUACAGACGCUGGAGAUGUACAGGUUGCUAGGUGUUGACAGGGUGGUGAUCUACAACACCAGCUGUGGCCCAGAACUGGACCUCCUGUUGAAGAGCUACAGCAGGACAGGCUUCCUGGAGAUAGUUCCUUGGCCGAUCGACUUGUUUCUGAGUCCAUCUUGGGGCUGGCUCUACUCUUUGAGCGGGGGGGACGUGCAUUACUUUGGUCAACUGGCUACACUUAACGAGUGUGUUUACAGAUCCAUGGACCGGUCGCGUUACGUCCUGUUGAACGAUAUUGAUGAGAUUAUAAUGCCAUACCAACACAACAACCUGAUGUCUCUGAUGAACACACUCCAACAGCAGCAUCCAAAGACAGGUGUGUUCCUCAUUGAGAAUCAUGUCUUCCCCAAGACUGUUUUCGAGCCAAGCAAGAGGUUUCAUCUACCUAAGUGGGACGAAGUGCCGGGGUUCAAUAUUCUGGAGCACAUCUACAGGGAGGACCCCGACAGAACAAAAUAUCACCCGCACAAGUUAAUAGUUCAGCCAAGGUUGGUGGAGCAGGUUUCUGUGCAUGAUGUGCUCAAGGCUUUUGGAACCACAUACAAAGUUCCCCCAGACGUUUGUCGGAUCAUUCACGUCCGUGGUUCUCUGAGGGGAAAAUUGGAUGCCAAGGAGCUCAAUGAGGAUACACGCCUGUGGGACUUUCACGAAAAACUAAUUCCCAAUGUUGACAAAGCACUGGAGAGAGCAGGGCUGCUGAGAUCAGAACCUGCCCUUUAACAGGUUAUGUACUUCAAGGUCUAGAAACGUCAACUGAUCAUCUGUUCUAUUGUAACUCAGAUUAGUCUUGAAACCUUUCUGUGUUCUAAUCUCUUUCCAUUUUUUACAAAAGCAGCUCCAAUAUUUUUGGCUCUUUUACCAUGUUUCUGGUGGUGGAACUUUUUAGAAACAUACCGAGAUUUUUAGGUUGGGUAGAAUCAAAGAUCUGAAUCAGUUUGCUUGACUGCUUCAAUUGCUGCAACUCCUGUUGGUUUGCCAUGACAACUGCUCUCAUAUCUCGCAAACUGAGGGGCGUCCAAAACGGUCGUGUCAGGGUGCCUUAAAACCGCCUACCUUCUUUGGUCAAAAGAAAUGCAGAUCAUUCUGGCGUAGAAUCCAAACAAGAAGGAGGACAUACUGGCUGCUGCAUCGAAUGAAUAAAACCUUUAUUGCCCCUAGGGGAAUUUGCCUUGCACCGAGAGCAUAAAACCCUUUACAAGAAGCCAGUACAUGUAUUUGAACAUAGAAUGUUCCCCUAAUUUCUGAUGAUAAAGUUAGGUAAUUUUAGGAUUUAAAUCAGUAGUUAUCUAACAUAUUACACAUGUAUUCUGUCACUUGUUUUUCUCCUCCUGCUUCCUGUGCUCUGGGAAUUCAAGAUUUGAACUCUUAUAGACUAAAAUAAAAUAUAGCCUAUAAAAGCA